AUCAGCUUCAUAAAAAAAACUAUCAGUCAAAUACACAACUUCGUUCGAAUGUGCACGUACUCCGAUAAAAGCGUAAAAUUACAAAAUUACGCAAUUCUCGAAUGAAAAUAACUAAAAAGGCUCGGGAUUCAGUGAAAAUAUCGUUUCUCAAGGCAAGUCGUUCGUUAUAUUAAAAGAUGUGUCCGUUUUCGGGUUUACUGCAAUUUUUUAUUCUCCUCAUAACUCUGCUCUUGGUGUGCCAUGCUGUCGUCGUCAACAGCUUCAAAGUUACAUUUAAUCCCAAUGCUACAAAGAUCAAAAUGUACGAACAUGCAGUCGUGGAGUACAAAAUUGAACCAGAAGGUAGCUCUUCGGAAUACAUACUCUACAGCGAAAAUCCCAACGUGGCAUCGUUGGAUAAAGAAUACCUCAUAUCGAACAUGCAGGGGAAAUUCAACAUAUCCGGCAACUUCUUAGGCAAAACGGUCGUUUCGGUUAGAGACAGGAACUCGCCGAAGAAAAUCGCCGACGGCGUGAACGUGACUGUAGUAAGAAAAAAACGACCCAUCGAUAUCGCAUUUACGGCGAGCGUGGUCAUUUUAAUCAGCAUACUGUACGUUAAUUUCGGCUGCGCCAUGAACUGGGGCGAUUUCAAGGGGAUUCUAAAGAAGCCCGUCGGACCGGCCAUCGGGCUAUUCGGCCACUUCUUCAUUAUGCCAUUGUUGAGUUACUCGUUGGGACUUCUGCUGUUUCCCAACAACCACGAGAUGCAGCUGGGGCUGUUCUUUACGGGCGUGUCGCCGGCAGGGGGCGCUUCCAACGUAUGGGCAGUACUGCUGGAAGGCAAUUUGAACUUGUCCGUUUCCAUGACUGCCGCCAGUACUAUAGCAGCCUUCGGAUUUAUGCCAUUGUGGAUUUUCACUUUAGGUAGGGUGAUAUUCCAGAACGCGAAAUUAGAAGUACCUUACACUCACAUAACGGAAUACGUGAGCGCUUUGGUCAUACCAUUGGGCAUCGGUUAUCUUAUUCAGAGGUACUUCAAGAACAUCGCCCAAUUCAUGACGAGAAUUAUCAAGGGAUUUUCGUCCUUGUUGAUACUGUUCAUCAUUGUAUUCGCCAUAGUUACCAAUUUGUACCUUUUUAAACUGUUCUCGUGGCAGAUAAUACUCGCCGGUAUGGGUAUACCUUGGGUAGGUUACUUGGCGGGAUAUUUGCUGGCUAAAUUAAUGGGCAGAAACGCCGCGGAUUGUUUAACAAUAGCCAUAGAAGUCGGCACUCAAAAUACAGGCAUUGCUAUAUUUUUACUGAGGAUGGCCUUGCCGGAACCUGAAGGGGAUCUCACAACGAUUGCGCCUGUAGCGGUGGCCGUUUUGACGCCGUUUCCUCUACUAUUCAUAUAUUUCGUCAAAAAAAUUAGAACGCGAUUUUAUCAUUCUCAUAUGAAGUUAUCGACUGAUGAGAAUAUUAAAACGGAUCAAAACAGUAACAGUCAUGCCAAGCCGGCACAGUUACAAAUCGCUCCUUAAACGGAAAGGAAUUUGUUUUGAGUGUUAGUUGUUUUAGUAUCAAGUUUGAAUAAAAUAUCACUUUUUUAAACCAGUGUAAUUUGUGUUGCCUAAUAACGCACUAGUGUAUCUUGAUUUUGACGUUUCGUGUUU